AUGAAUCCAGAUAACAGGGAGUGGGAGCGUGUUGAUGAGAAGAUGAUACUUGUCAUGCGCUUGACCGGAGCUGGGAAGUCAUACUUUAUUCAACAGCUUACGGGCAUGAAUGUCAGUGCUGGCCAUGAACUCAAAGUCCAUAUCUUAUAUUUGGCUAACUUUGUCGCGGGGACAGAAAAAUGUCAAGUCAUUCAGACCAGUAUUGGCAACACAGAUUUUGCAAUCAUGGAUACGCCGGGAUUUGAUGGUACAACUCGCAGUGACGCCGAAAUUCUCAAAGUCAUCACCGAACAACUCUCCAUCAUCCGUCUCGGCUACAACUUGAAGGGCAUCGUCUAUCUCCACAGGAUCACGGACAAUCGGAUGGGAGGAUCGGCAAUGCGAAGCCUGGAUAUCUUCGAGAAGCUCGUCGGAGAAGACGCAUUGUCUAACGUCGUACUUGCGACAACAAUGUGGGGCAAUGUUGUAGACAUUGCAGCAGCCAAUCGCAGGGACAGUGAGCUUCGUGAAGAGUACUGGGGGAGCAUGAGGAGACGGGGUUCCACUGCGACAAGAUUCGACGGCACACGAGAAUCCGCUCGGGCCAUCGUGGAACAAUUACUUGGGAAGAAGGCCGUUGUCCUCAAGGUGCAAGAAGAACUUGUCGAUCGAGAGAUGUCGCUAAAUCAGACUGCAGCAGGGGUAUUACUAGAGCUGGAAGUCUACGCCGAGGCGGAACAGAUUCGGAAGCGCCUUGAGCAACUGGAAUCGGAACUGAAGUACGAGAAGGACAGCAACAAGCGAUUGGAAGUGAAACGCUCACAGCGACGCAACGCAAAAGCAUUCUCGCAGUGCGCCGAAGACAAGAAGACGAUGAAAUCAAAGCCUGGCGUAGAAGUGAAGGGGAAACUCAAGAAGUGGGCGGAAAGCGGCGGGAAAAUUGGGUUGCAAGCUCUUCAGGGACUGGCAGCCAUUGUCUCGAUCAGUUUCGGUAUCGCAGGAUUUAUCUUGGGGGCUGGGUUUUGA